AAACAAGAAGGGGUCUUCACUCUUCCAAAGCACGCUUUCACAUUCUGUUCAGUAUAAAUAGACGAUUCCACUCUGCCUUUAAACUAGCACAAGGGGUCUUAUGGCUGAAGUUGGUGAAUCUUCUUCCCCAAAACUCUCCCAAAAUAUAUGGGCAAAGCUUGUACCAUCUGAUUCCAGAUACUGUGAUGUUGAAAUAAGUUCAGAAGAGGCGGUCAUACGCUCAGAGAUUUUAUCUUCUUCUCCAGACAAGCAUGAAUGGUGUAAAAUAACAAGAAAUUCUGAUCACCCUUCUGCCACAUUGCAAAAUAAGAGUUCAAAUGCAAUACUUGUUGACGAGGCUGUUGUGCAAAAUGGAGAGGUUGUUGACAUCAGCAGUGGAUCUGAAAUCAUUCCUGCCCCUGAUAGAGUAGGAUACUUGAGUUAUAGAUUUAAAGUAAUGCCACGACAAGAGUCCUGCAAGCAGCAGUUAAAGAUUUCCAUAGAUGUUCAGCAUGCAAAAUGUUGCAUCUGUUUAAAUGUUUGGCAUGAUGUUGUUACAGUUGCCCCUUGCCUCCAUAAUUUUUGCAAUGGAUGCUUCUCUGAGUGGUUAAGGAGAUCACAGGAUAAACGUGCAACUGUGCUCUGCCCCCAUUGUAGAGCGAUUGUACAAUUUGUUGGGAGAAACCAUUAUUUGCGUAAUGUUGAGGAGUGUAUACUCGAUGCUGAUUCCUCACUAAAGCGUUCUGAUGAAGAAGUUGCUCUUCUGGAUUCCUAUGCAUCAGUAAAAUCAUAUCUUGUUAUUGAGAGUGGAAAGAAACUGCAACGGAAGAGGGCACAUUCACCACACGAAGAUGAAAAUGAUAGCAGGGAGCUUCCAUGCCCUCAAUGUGGUAUUGAAGUUAGCGGGUUCCGCUGCAACCCAAACACAGUUCAUUUGCAAUGUCAUGCCUGUGGAGGAAUGAUGCCUUUCAGAACCGAUAUUCAUGUGCCGCAACACUGUGUUGGAUGUGAUAGAGCAUUUUGUGGUGCUUAUUGGCAGGCUCAAAUGGUUAAUCGAAGUGACAUCCACCAUAUGUGCAGUCACAGUACUUUCAAACCUAUCUCAGAACGUACUCUCCCUAGGAUUCCGUUCACUGCACAUGAAAUGAAUCGGCAUGAGCAAGAUAUCACAGAGAGGUGUAUUAGAGAAACUGGGACAACAUUGCAGAAUGUUAUAUCUGAUUGGAUUGUAAAGUUGAACAAUAGAGAAAUUGAUCGAAGUAGGCUGCUUCUGAAUCAUGCAGAAACAAUAACUGCUGGGACUCAUAUUUGCAAUGAGUGCUACGAUAAAUUGGUUUCAUUUCUGCUGUACUGGUUCAGGAUUACAAUGCCCAAAGACCAUCUACCCGCGGAUGCAAGGCAAAGAGAAGAUUGCUGGUAUGGAUAUGCAUGUCGGACACAGCACCACAAUGAAGUUCAUGCGCGCAAAAGAAAUCAUGUUUGUCGUCCAACUAGGGGCUCUAAUAUGACAUAGUAUGUAUCAACUUCAACUUACUCUUGAGAAUAUAUUCUAUUUUUAGUAGCAAAAGCAAAAACUGAAUUAUUGCAAGUACAGUGAAUUCGCUUUCACUCAUUAUAAGCUUGCCAUUUGGACAAAUUCUCAAUGAUAUGAAAGCAACAACUUUUUAGAAAA